CCUCGUACUUUUCCAGGAAAUGCCAGUGAGUCGGAGGAGGACCAGGGCACUGGAAGCGUGGAGGCCCAGGCCAUCUCCAGCACCCACCGGGUGACUGACUCCAAGUUCCACGCCCUGCACACAAAGAUGGACGUCAUCAAGAAAGGUCAUGCCAAGGACAGCCAGCGCUACAGAGUCGACUAUGAGUCUCAGAGCACAGACACUCAGAACUUCUCCUCUGAGUCCAAGCGGGAGACAGAAUACGGCCCCUGCCGGAGAGAGAUGGAAGACACGCUCAACCACCUGAAGUUACUCAAUGUGCUGAGUCCCAGGGGCGUCCACAUCCCAAACUGUGACAAGAAGGGGUUCUACAAGAAGAAGCAGUGCCGCCCCUCCAAAGGCAGAAAGCGGGGCUUCUGCUGGUGUGUGGACAAGUACGGGCAGCCCCUCCCGGGCUAUGACGCCAAAGGCAAGGAGGAUGUGCACUGCCUGAGCAUACACAGCCAGUAGGCCCGCUGACCACUUAAUGUGGAGUUCAAAUACGCCUUAUUUUGCACAGAAGACUGCCAAGGACAUGCUCAGCAGCUGGCUGCAGCCUCAAUUUAUAUUUCUUUUUGUGGUGAACUGAUUUUAAAAAAAAAAAAAAACCAAAGUUUUAGACAGAUUUUUUGAAAUGCCUAUGGUUCCUUUAAGUGGUAAACUUGAGCAUCUUUCCAGUAAUUAGCGAAAAGCAGUUUGAAUUUUCUAGUUGCUGCCUAUAAACCUCCACGCUCACAGAAGUUUCCCCACCUGGCCUGGCCCUCAGCUGAGGGGACGACCCCUCCCUCUCUCCCACCGCAAGACUUUGGCACGCAAAGCUUCUUCCCACCCGCUGUGAAAUGAGCACGGGCCAUAGGAGAGUGGGAAAAGCUUCAACUCCAGUCACCUGGGCAUCCUGACACCCCCUCCCAAGGUAACCCAAGGGGGCAUCUUUGAAUCAGGGGCCACGAAGACUGUUGUCUACAAGUGACCUGAUCUACUUUGGAAACUACCGGAGGGAGUAAGGUGCAGUCUGACAGCAGGAUGACCAGGAAGGUUGUUGGGCAGGUGUGGGUGACCCUCCAUCGGGGGCCUCCUGAUGGCCACCCCUUUGGGAGGCUGGGUGGCUGGGGUCACCUUGGCCUUGCCUCCCACGGGGCAGGAGAGGCAGGGGCCACAAUCACACAGUUCUUCAGAAGACUGAAGAAAGUAGUGGGGUUUUUUGUUUUGUUUUGUUUUUUUUCUAGUUCAACUCCUCAAAACAAGAUUUUUGAGGUUAAGCUCUUUAACAGCAAAGAUUUAUUUUCAUCUCUCACCCGUAUCCUGCUGGGCACAAUGUAAAAGGAAAAACAAAUCUAAAUAAGAAAGAUGGCCAGCUUGCCGGGAGCCUGUCGAGGACACUGGGACACUUACUUAAGAGAUCUCUGACCUGUGUUGGUUGAACUUGGAAUUCUUCUCUCGCACACUCCUCACCACUCGUACAUAUAUACGGAGAUGUGUUCUUCAGUAACUGUUAACAGUGUAUGCAACAUAGCCCAAAUAUUAUAGGAUCUAUACUAGAUAAUCCUAGAGAAAGUGGUAGCGAUACUAGACAUAACCAACCGUGGCCAUGACAGAGGAAAGGAGCUCCUGCCCCCGUGGCCACCUGUGGUCCCCAAGGCCGGGUCCGAGCGUGUCUGGAGAAGCCAGGUCCCAGGGUGGACCCACUGCAUGAAGCUCCCUUGAGAAUUCCAAGGGCUCUUGAGACGUUCUGCCUACCUAUUAGCUUUCCUUUAUU